UUGUUGACAAGCUCAAGGAUAUGAUGGAAGAAAUUGAAAAUGCAAUCAAUGCUUUUAAAGAGGAACAGAAGCAAAUAUAUGAACAGCUUUUGAAGGAUGAAAAAGCUGCCAGUAAUGAGCUCAGUGUCUUUGAGAGAAAAGUGGAACUGUGGGCAUUAAGCAGCUCAACAACAAAAAAAGUUUUGAAGUUACCAUCAGUCAAAGUCUCAUUUGAUAAAAAACUGGAAAAUCAUCUACCUGAAGAAGUAGUAGAAUUUGAAAGACUUCUUCAACAAACAGGAGGGUGGCAAGGAGGCUGGGAUGAUUACAAUCAUCAAAAUUUUCUGAAAGUACGGACAAAACACAAAGGCAGGCUAUCUUAUGUGGAUGAAGCCCUUGAGUAUCUCUGUGGCAGAACAAAAGAAGAUAUUGAACAGCAUGACAAAUGGUAUCAAGAAUUUCUAAUUUUACAUGAAAGAAAGAAAGAGUCCAUUAAGAAGUGGAAAGAAAAGCAGCAGCAAGAAAAAGAAGGCAGCUUGAAGGAGAAAGAGAAAUCAGAAAAAAUGCUCCAGGAAGAAUGUCUGCAGCAUGAAGAAGCUCAGAAGCAAAAAGCAGAAGAAAGAAAAAGACAACAAGCAGCAAUUGAAGCAUGGAAGAAAAAGAAAGCAAUAGCAUUUACAAGGGAACCAGCAUCACGAUUACAGCUAGAAAAGAAGGAGAAAAAACAACAAAAAGAAUACCAGCGCCGAUACCACAUGAAGGUACUGAUGGAAAAGUAUGCCUUGCAGAAGAAAGAAAAUGAGGAACUUGAAAAGCUUGAAAUGAGAGAGGAAGCUGAAAAAGAGGAAAGGAAGAGAAUUGCUGCAGAAGAAAUCACUAAGUUUCAAAAGCAUGAUCUACAUAAACUGGGGCUAAGGAUUCUACAAAAACAAGCUAAAGAAUUAGAAAAACAGGAAAGAGAAAAAAGAUUGGCAAAGCUAAAAGAGAAGGUCGAGAUUCGUGUGACCAGAGACCGGUCCAGGUUGUGUAGGCCUACCAAGGGCUGGGAGGCAUGCACGAGAGAGCAAGCACCAGCAGCCUCAGAACCCCUGUUACACAUUCCUCGUUG